UUUUUCAUAGUCGAGUUAUCGACUUUUUUCGAACAAAAUAGUCGACUUCAACUUUUUUCGACAAAAAGUAAAUUGUUCUAUUAUUCGAAAUUCGAUUAUGUUAUAUUAAGAGUUUUUAACAAAAAGUAGCAUAAAUUAGUGAUUUACUACUAAAUUUUGCAACUGUGUUUUUUAUGUACUUCACUUUUUUUUGCUUUUGUUUAUUUUGCCAUAACCUCUCAUAGUGACAGACAGCUGUUGUGUUUUGUUGUUUAUUUGUUGCCGUGUUCUUUUCUUAAUACAAAGUUAGAAAAUUGUUAAAAAAUUUUAAAAAUUCUAAAAAUUAAAUUUAUUUAAAUAAAAAUGGAUAAAAAAGUUCGCCAAGAAUCUACCACUUUAAUAUUUAAAAAUAUACCAAAGCAAAUGGAAGAUUUAACAGGACUUUUAGACAAAUUAAAAUUGCCGGCAAGAGAAGUUAAACCUUUUGGACGCAAACGUGCUUUGAUAAUUUUUCAAGAAAAAAAUGAAGCUGAAAAGGCUUUAAGUGCUCUAAAAGAAUUGGAAUUCAAUGGCAAUUGUUGUAAUAUAGCAAUAUUUUGUAAAGACAAACCUAACAACAAUAGCAUAGAGCAAAAACCCAAAAAUUCUCUAAGAAAAAGCAAUAAAAGUAUACAGACACAAUUGGAAGACACAAAUGGAACACAACAGGCUUUAAAUAAACAACAAGAACAACUUAACAAGUACGUACAAAAGUUAUAUGCUGUAGAAGAUGAAUUGGGUUUUAAUCAGCCUCCUGCUCCCUAUUUGAAAUACACCUAUCCUCCUAUAAAUAAGGAUAUUUUAGAUAAUAUUUGUAUAUCAUUGCUAAGUAAUAAACGUUUCUAUACACAAGUUUUACAUCUAAUGAAUCGUAUGAAUUUGGAGCCACCUUUUAAUAAAAGAAAUUAUAAAUUUACUGCAACUGGUGUGCCAAAGGAGGCACAAACCCAAACAGAUGAAAUACAAAUACAAGAAAAACAAAACUUAACAAUACAAGAAGAAAUUGAAAGUGAAUUGGAAUCCGCAGAAGAAGAUGAACAUAAACCAAAAGCUAAACCUACGCAACAACUAAAAAGAAAACUAAUCGAUCAACCAGAACAAUAUAAGAAAAAAGCACGACAAAUGUUGCUCUCUACACAAAAAUUAAAUAAAGAAACGCACAAAAAACCAGCAAAAACUAAUUUAUCUAUUAAGGAAAUAUUUGAGACAACAGAGCAUAACUUAACUACCAGCAAUAAAAUAGAUAUGCAAUUGAAGUCCAAUAAAAAGGAAACUACCAAAUCCUUAAUAUCAUUACCCUUGAAUUUAAAAACACAAAAACUUCCUCCAGAAGAACUUGAAAAACUAGCCAUUUACAAGAAUUAUCAAAAAGGAUUAAUUAGCAAUAAACUUUAUAUUAAAAAUUUACACAAAGAUGUAACUGCUGAUGAUUUAAAAUUAAUCUAUCAACGUUAUCUUAAGACAGAGGAUCUAAGUUUAGAUAUAAAAGUAAUGCAACAUGGUCGUAUGAAAGGACAAGCUUUUGUUACUUUUCAGGGUCAGGAAAUGGACAUUAUAAAGCCUUUAAUAGCAGAAGCUUUAGAAGAAACUAAUGGUUUUGUAUUACGCGAUAAACCCAUGGUGGUGUGUUAUGGAAAACAAACUUAAAGUAAAAGACAACUUGGUCUUAUCGACACCAUUUAUGUAGAUGGUGGACAACCACAAAAUAAUAAUACUUCCACAAAAUCCAGUAAAUCAAAAUUAUCUCUACAAUCUUAUGAAUAUGUUAUAGCAGUAGAUUUUGAAGCCACAUGCUGG